AUGAGGGGUGUCGUGAGGUCGGUGCUGUUCGGCGGGUUGAGGAGGGCAGGGGGAUCCGGCGCCCCCCGGAGGGCCGGCAGUAGUAGUGUGGUCGCGGAGGCCCCCGCGGUGCGGAAUCGGAUCCUCACUCUGCAGUCUAUGAACCCCCAGGUGCGGGCGGUGGAGUACGCUGUGCGGGGGCCAAUCGUCAUCAAGGCCGGGGAGAUCGAGAGGGAGCUGCAGAGGGGGAUUAAGAAACCUUUCGAUGAGGUCAUAAAAGCCAACAUCGGUGAUGCUCAUGCUAUGGGACAGCAGCCAAUCACAUUUCUGCGACAGGUCGUAGCACUGUGCACCUAUCCUGAUCUCCUGGAUAGCCCGCGUUUCCCAGCGGAUGCCAAGAGCAGAGCCAGCAGAAUCCUGCAGUCAUGUGGAGGCUACAGCCUUGGAUCCUACAGCACCAGCCAAGGUGUGGCCUGCAUCCGGGAAGAUGUUGCUCGGUAUAUAGAGAAGAGAGAUGGGGGGAUCCCGGCAGACCCUGACAAUAUUUGCCUGACCACUGGAGCAAGUGAAGGCAUAGCCAGCAUCUUGAAGAUCCUUGUGUCGGGGGAGGGGAAGUCCCGCACAGGAGUCAUGAUUCCCAUCCCGCAGUAUCCGCUCUACUCUGCGGCCAUAUCUGAGUUUGAUGCAGUUCAGGUGAAUUACUACCUGGAUGAGGACAACUGCUGGGCUUUGGAUGUCAAUGAACUGAGGAGAUCUCUAUAUCAGGCCAGAGAGUACUGCAACCCCAAAGUGCUGUGCAUCAUUAAUCCAGGAAACCCAACAGGACAGGUCCAGAGCAAACACUGUAUAGAGGAAGUCAUUCACUUUGCCUGGGAAGAAGGCCUUUUCCUAUUGGCAGAUGAGGUCUACCAGGACAAUAUCUAUUCCGACAACUGCCAUUUCCAUUCCUUCAAGAAAGUUCUGUUUGAGAUGGGACCAGAGUACAGCAGUAAUGUAGAGCUUGCCUCAUUCCACUCCACCUCCAAGGGUUAUAUGGGAGAAUGCGGUUACAGAGGAGGUUACAUGGAGGUGCUGAAUCUGCACCCAGAUAUACAGGCCCAGUUAAUGAAGAUGCUGUCGGUCCGUCUUUGCCCACCAGUGUCAGGCCAGGCAGCGAUGGACGUCGUAGUGAACCCGCCACAGCCCAGUGAAGAAUCCUACGAGCAGUUUAUCCGGGAGAAAGAAGCUGUCCUUGGGAAUCUCGCUCAGAAGGCCAGAGUGACGGAGGAAUUAUUUAAUCAGGUUUCCGGCCUUCAAUGUAACCCCCUACAGGGUGCCAUGUACGCCUUUCCUCGAAUCUUCAUCCCACCUCGAGCUGUAGAGAAGGCGAAGGAGCUGCAGAUGGAGCCGGACAUGUUCUACUGUAUGCAGUUACUGGAGCAGAUGGGGAUUUGUGUUGUACCAGGAAGUGGUUUUGGCCAAAGAGAGGGGACUUACCAUUUCAGGAUGACCAUUCUACCUCCACUGGAGAAGCUAAAGCUGCUGUUACAGAAAGUCAAAGAAUUUCACGUGCGAUUCCUGGAUGAAUUUUCCUGA